AUAAGUUAAUAUAACUGCAGAGUUUAACAGUGAAGUGUCAGUUUCAUUCAAGAUGGGUUUGGUAAAUAUUGUGUUGCUGGCUUUUCUGUUCACGUGUGGGUUCGCCAAAGUGGUGAACAUCACGCCUUGCGAUGAAACUAAUGAAGAAGUAUGCAAAGUGAGCGAGGUGCGCAUCACUCCUUGCACGCAGACGAACAAAUGCUUGUUCCGCAAGGGUUCUGAUGCUGCUAUCUCCUUCGACUUCACACCCAACUUCAGCACCAGCAAACUGAAGACCAUGGUGUACUGGGCCAACGGUGCCGUGGACCUGCCCUUCAUGGGCUUCGGUACCAAUGAUGCGUGCACCUACACAUCCUGCCCAGCCCAACCCGGACAGGCGCAGACCCUCAACUACAACUUGCAUAUCAGCAAGAAGCUGCCUAAGGGUACAUACAACCUGAAGUGGAAGGUGUGGGAUGAGGACAACGAAACCGGUCACCUCUGCUGUUUCAAGACAACCAUCGGUCUCGCGUAAACCUUAUUAAAUAAAGCACUUUUAAUCUA